CGGUUUAGCGUUGGAAGGCAAUUUUUUUUUUUUUUUUUUUAAUCGAGGUUGGAAAGAGAAAGUUGGAGAAGAAUCAAGUAGGAGGGAAGUUUUGAACCUGAGACGUCCCUGAGUUUUAGGAUAAACGGUGGAAAGGACGGAUCGGCCCGAUUCGGGAGCGGUGAUGUUCCUCAAAGUGAUAGCAAAGUCUUUCCUUUUCCUUCUGACGACGCUGCUGGCGACUGUGAGCGACGUCGUCAGCUUCGGAGAGAUCAUCUACGCCAUAAACGCCGGCGGGGACACGCACACGGACAUCUUCGGCAUCCGGUUCGAAAGGGAUCCGCUCUACGGAAAAGUCGGCAUACCCUCCGACUACGGGAAGCAGUUGCUCAUAGCCAGGGUCCCACCCAACGACCAGAUACUCUACCAGACAGAAAGGUACCACCACAGCACAUUUGGCUACGAUAUACCCAUCAAUCACGAUGGUGACUAUGUCAUGGUACUCAAGUUCUGCGAGGUUUACUUCAAUGCUCCAAACAUGAAAGUUUUUGACAUAGUUUUAAACGGUGAUCAUACGAUCGUUGCUGACUUAGACAUAUUCGAUCGGGUUGGCAGGGGUGUCGCCCAUGAUGAAUACAUAAGCUUCAGCGUCAACAAUGGAAAGCUUUAUUACAAUGAAGAAGAAUCAGAUAUCAGGGGUGGAAAAAUCCGGGUAGAGUUUAUAAAGGGUUAUAGAGAUAAUCCAAAAGUAAAUGCAAUUUAUGUAAUGAGAGGAAAAAUUGAAGAUGUGCCAAAGCUGCCUCCAUUGCCAGACACAGAAGAGUGGAAGGGGGAGGAGAGUGAGGAGAAGCAAAUUGGUGCCAAGUCGCGGCGUCCCAGCGGUCCCAAGACACCGGAUCCGUACCAGAUUGAUGACUCUUCUAUAAUGUUACCACUGUUUGUGGCUUUUGGGGCCUUCUUACCUUUACUCUUCUGCCUCUGCAAACUGUGAUAAAUCCCCAUUUUUCUAGCUGCUGGUCAAACAAAUGUUCAGGACUCUCUAAAUUUUAGAAAUUUAGAGAAAAUUACAUUUAAAAAAAGUUUAUGUUGCACGACAUAAAGUGAGUAUAUAAUAUAUAACGUUUGCUCCCCCUUUUUUUUAAUAUUGUAAAUAUUAAAUUACAACUUUGAUAAAAGUAUUAAUCACAGUUACAGUUUAAAUAUAAACUUUUUUUAUAAUGUCAAGUGAUUUAGAAAUAUCUUGUUAAAAAAAAAUUACAUGACACAAGCAUAUAUUAUUUCAAUAUGCACAAAGUUCAUUUUGAGCCACCUUGUAACUUGUAAUUAUAAUUAAAAAGAGUCCUGUAAUUAAGACUGAGGUCAUAUAAUACAGGUGCAAAAUUAUCUGUAUUAACAAGACUGUUUGGCCUAUUUAUCUUAACAACCAUGAAACAUUAAAAGUACUUAAUAAGUGUGAGAAUGGUUUUAUUUUAGAUUCUAGUAAAAAUGGUGGGGUUUUUUUAUGGGUUGAAAAUUUGUGGCUUGUUUUUUUUCCAGAUUCUCUAAGCGAA